AUUCAUGAUAUUUAUGAAACCAGAGAGGGCUGGUGUCAAGAGCCUGUUUACUGUAAACACCUGAAGCUUUCACUUAUAACCUUGCAGUAUCAAGGUGUUACUAGGUGUCUGAAGGGGACUGUGGGAAUUGCAUGAGGAUUAUGACCCAUAAUUGCAGUCGUGACUGCAAAAAAAUUAUAUUACUUGUCCUUUUUGCUUUCCUGCAGAUUCCUAGAUGGCUAAUGAAUCAAGGCCCUGCCCAUGUGAUAUCGGAGACAGGUUUGACUGUGAGGGUUGUGGGCAGGAAGUACAAGUGGAGCACAUCAAGGCGUAUAUUUGCAAAGCUGCUGCCAGCACAGACAAAGCUGUGAUUGUGAUUCAUGAUAUAUUUGGAUGGCAACUCCCAAACACCAGAUACAUGGCUGAUAUGCUUGCUGCUAAUGGAUACAUAGCCAUCUGCCCAGACUUUUUUUCAGGAGGAGAAGCUUGGAAGCCUUCCGAUGACUGGUCCGAGUUCAAUGAUUGGCUGAAAACUCGAGAUGCUAGGAAAAUAAACAAAGAAGCUAAUGCUGCGCUGAAAUAUCUAAAGGAACAGUGUGGUGCAAAGAAAUUAGGAGUCGUCGUUUUUUGCUGGGGUGGUAUUGCUGCACGUCACCUGAUGAUGACAUAUGCAGAAUUCAGGGCUGGUGUAUCUCUCUAUGGACUAAUCAAGGAUUCUGAUGACAUAUCCAAUCCUGAACCCACAUUUUUAAUUUUUGCUGAAAAAGAUGGCUUCAUUAUCCUUCAUCAAGUCAACCUGCUGAAGCAGAAGCUGAAGAAAAACUGUAAAGUCGAUUAUGAAGUUAACAUUUAUCCUGGACAAACUCAUGGUUUUGUACAUAGCAGAAGAGAAGAUAUCAGUCCCCAAGAUAAGCCUUAUAUUGAGGAAGGAAGAAAGGAUAUGAUCAGGUGGCUGAAUAAAUACAUUUAACAGAAGAGCAAGUAACUUAAUUUGUAAUAAAAUUAGGUAAUACACUGUGGAGGUUUUUGAUAACACAUUUUAGAAAAUUGGAGGGAGAGUUUGUUGAAAUAGAAAUUGAAGAAAUAAGCAAACAGAACAUUUUAGAUGUUUUUGUCAGUAGAUUCUGAUACUUUCAUAUUACAUUCUUUUGAAGAAGUCUCAAAUUUCACCUAGCAGUGUCAUGUUUUAAUAUGCUGUGAAACAUUCUCCAGUUCCUCGAGAUUUAUCUGAAUGCUUGAAAUAAGUUAGACUUAUUUAUUAGACUAAAUUAAUCUAUUUGUGUAUUAUGGCACUGGUCAUCUAAGUUCUACAUAAAUCACAAGCCCUAAAUUUAGGUACACAAAUACGCUGUUUGGUGAAGCUCAUUUUGAGAGAAUAGGCUUUUUUGACUUGUAUCCUGGUGGCAGAUGUGUAUUUAACAUGUGACUUAAGUGGGUCAUAUCUUGUUUUGAAUUUUGUGGUUAAGAUUAUUCAGAUGGGGUACUACUUUUUCAGGUUGUUUUUGGUUAUGUGAAACUCUACAGAUGAUUUCCUGGUCGGUUUAGGAAUUCGAAAGUACAAUGCAGUCUGCAGACAGGGCAUUUUGAUGUGUGGUUUACAAACUAUGCUUACUACUUAAAGAAAUAUUAUAUGUUUUUGCAUAAUGUACCUUGUUACAUAAUUUUUCCAUCAACAAUUACAACAAAAAUCUCUGUGUUGCAUCAGCUCAAGAUUGCAUCUGCCCCAGCACGCAGCCGCCGUCAGUGGCCAGAAGUGGCUACGGAAGGAAUUUCCCCUCUCACUCUGCAUCCUGACAGCCAGCCAGCCAUUCAGGGGAUUUCUGAGCUGGAUGUGGCCACUGGAGCAGUUGUUGAAUGGCCACUGAUGGGCCGGACCUAGCCUCUGUGGGUUUGCCAGUCCCUUUUUGAACCUGAUUGAAAUGCUGACCUGAAUCUUAUGACAGUGACUCCCACAGUUUAAUUAUGCCUCGUGGGCAGAGUGGUCUUGUGUUCAUUAGUUUGAAAGCAGCUGCCUUGUAUCUUCACUGGGUGCUGAUACUUCUAAAGUUGUAAGGAAAAAAAAAAAAAAAAAGAAUGUAUGGCUCUUUUCACCUUCUCAGUGCUAUUGAUAAAGACUUCUAUGUGAUUUAAUGGGGAGAAAAUGUAAUUUAGGAAAGUCUUAAUUUUACUAAUUAAUUUACUAAAUUAAAUACACUGUCAAGAAAUACACAUUGUAGUGUGUCUCAUGUAAAAAUAGCAAGAGUAUUAAUUAACCAUCUCUCUCUCUCAAUGGGAUUUUAAUGUCUUUUGCUUUUUCUCAUCCAUGUUUUCCUCCUUUAUGUGCUGCUAAUGGCCUUUCCGUGGAGAGGUCUUCAGAGAAUUCUGGCCUGUGACUGCUGAUUAACUGUUGCUUUUCAUAUGACACCAUCUAUAUGUAAUAUAUUAAUCCAGCUGUUGCCUGGGUGAUACAGCUAUCAUAACACAUUUUUCUAGAAGAGUGUAGAGGUCUGGAAUUUUAUUGUACAUUAAUUACCCCACUGUAAAACCUGAGUAACUCCACGUUAAUGGAGUUCCAUUAGCAUCAGAUUAGUUGAUGUGCUGCAAGAGGAUGGUCAGGUCAUAUAUUUAGAGAACAGCAGUCAUUCAUAAAUACUGAAACGGCAUGCGUGCUGUAACCCUAACGCCAUGACUAAGCAAAAAGAAAAAAAGAUGCAGCGUUUGUUCGAAGUGAAACGGUAGCUACGAGUUACUACAAGUACACUGUACCUUCAUGAUAAAACAUAAGUCACUGAGUAAGCUGUAAAUGUGCGAUCCAGAAAUAUGUGUUU